AUGUUGCGCACGGUCUCUGUCUCGUCGUCUCUGUUCAAGCUUCUUGUCUCAUAUGUCCUGACUUCCUCAGAUGACCUGGCUAAGGAGAAGCUAGAGAAAGGGCUACAAGAUGCAGACGAGACACGAGGGCGACGCAGAAGACUAGAGAUGUUGCCAAGUGGGAGUACAAGUGGCAGAACAAGUGGAAAAGCAAGUGGAAGCAUAAGUGGAGAAACCAACGGAAUAACAAGUGGAAGAGCAAGUGGGAGAGCCAACGGAAGAACAAGUGGAAGAGCCAGUGGAAGAGCCAGUGGCAGAACGAGUGGAAAAGCAAGUGGAGGAGCCAGCGCAGGAGCCAGCGGAGGAGCCAGCGGAGGAGCCAGCGGAGGAGCCAGCGGAGGAGCCAGCGGAGGAGCCAGCGGAGGAGCCAGCGGAGGAGCCAGCGGAGGAGCCAGCGGAGGAGCCAGCGGAGGAGCCAGCGGAGGAGCCAGCGGAGGAGCCAGCGGAGGAGCCAGCGGAGGAGCCAGCGGAGGAACCAGCGGAAAUCGGGCUCCGGAGCGCUCGCGGGCGUCAUCGGGAGCUGCAACGGCGUCUCGCGUAGGCCUACGGCGGCUGCAGGAGGGCGAGUGGAUUGUGCUCCUUCCGAAGGACUUACGACACUUGACGGAUCCUCGGAUCACUUCCGAUCGCCGAGACAUCCGCGAGAGGGAUCAAGGGGACGGUAAUCCUGGGUUGUAUAGCGAAGACACAAAAAGAACAAUGCAGUAUUGUCAGAUCGAAGACUCCUCCAUGGCAAGGAAGAGACACUGCAUAAGACGAACUGCUGUCCCGUCCAACUAUAGGGCUAUUUCGGUUUACAAUGCAGAUGCUCAUGGAUAG